AUGCCUUUCAGCAGCAUGAUCCAGGAGAUGAAGGGCGAGAUCGGCGCCAUCUCCUCGCGCGGCUUGCUGCGGUUCCGGUCGGACCGGCCGGGGGGUCACGCCGCCGCCGGGCGAGCGCCGGCAGCCGCCGAGCCGUUCGAGGCGCUGCGGGAGAGCUGCUGGGCGCAGGUGCCCCCCGAGCUCCUAAGGAUGGUGCUGGUCAGGGUCGAAGACGAGGAGGCGCGCUGGCCCGGCCGCAGCGCCGUCGUGGCGUCCGCCGGCGUCUGCCGCUGCUGGAGGGCCGUCGUCAAGGAGAUGGUGCGCGUGCCGGAGGAGUCCGGGAAAUUCACCUUCCCCAUCUCUCUCAAGCAGCCUGGUCCAAGGGAUGCCCCAAUUAAAUGUUUCAUUAGGAGGAACCGGGUGACUCAGUCAUAUUCUCUGUGCGUUGGAGUCACUGAUGCGUUAGCUGAUGAUGGGAAAUUUCUACUUGCUGCACGCAGAAGUCGUAGGUCCGCAGGCACUGAAUACCUGAUCUCGCUUGAUGCAAAGAAUACAUCAAAAGGUACCUACAUUGGCAAGCUAAGAUCAAACUUCUUGGGAACAAAAUUUACUGUCUAUGAUGCCCAUCCACCUUGUGCCGGAGCUGUGGUUUCAAAGGGUCCGUCUGCACACAUGAUCGGUUCAGCCCAAGUUUCUCCUGGGGUGCCUGCUGGAAAUUAUCCAAUUUCGCACAUUUCUUAUGAAGCAACUUUUGGUUCUAGGGCGCCAAGAAAGAUGAACUGUGUCAUGGAUUCCAUCCCUGUAUCAGCGAUUAAAGGAGAGACUGCUCCCAUGCAGACUGGACUUCCAUCUGUUAACUCCAACUAUUUUGCAUCAGUUCCAUUCUUCAGGAAAUCAGGUCGUCUGGAUAGUUCAGGUGCUCAGCUAGCCACUCAGAAUGAAGCUAAGAUUGUGCUGAAGAACAAGUCCCCCAGAUGGCAUGAACCGCUGCAGUGCUGGUGCCUGAAUUUCCAUGGGCGGGUCACGGUUGCAUCUGUUAAGAACUUCCAGUUGGUGGCUUCAGGCGAGAGUGAUCCGAAUAACCAGGAUGACGACGACGUGAUACUCCAGUUUGGCAAGAUCGUGAAGGAUUUGUUCACCAUGGACUACCGUUAUCCGAUAUCUGCGUUUCAGGCAUUUGCCAUCUGUCUGAGCAGCUUCGAUACCAAAAUUACUCGCGAAUGA